UCACUUCAUUUGGGCAAUGAAGUGUUUGAUGUGUACACUAUGGGAUUGAGAUCCGAUUACAAUCAUCUCUAUGUCAGGCAGGGACUUGGAUUACAAGGUCAAGCUGUUUUUAAGACAAAACUAACAUUCAGACCGCAUUCAACGGACUCAUUCACCCAUCGUAAAAUGACAAUGUCCCUGGCUGAUCGGUCCAGUAAAACUCAGAAAGUUAAAGUUCUACCAAUUGUUGGCAAGGACCCUGAAUCACAAAGAAGCGAACUGAUCAAGAAAGAAGAUGAACGUUUGAAAGCCGUGACAAGAAGGGAAAACCAGCAAAGGAGGAUGAAAGAAAAAGUAAGUUUGUUGACUGAGCUCCUCUUUUUCCUGCCUUUUUAG